UGACACCACCUCGUGGUCAAGCGGGAUCACGCACAGUUUUCGAAGCCUCCCUGGCGGCAGUGCUGGAUAGGGGGCGGUAGUGAGCAAGCGAGGUCAUAGGCGAGCGUUACAACAUGGCGGCGACAGCAAACUGAUAUGUCAACAGUGCUUUUGCCGGAGAUUGUCGUGGAAAAUCAGCACAUUUCUGUACAGCACAACUGAAUAUUAGCUUGUAAUUCGUUUAAUGUAAAUAGUGCUCGGACAGAUUGUAUCUAUCUGGCGUCUGACCGCGCUAGACUGUACUGGCAGCAGUUCUUUAAAAGAACAGGAAUUAAUGGCAGCUGCUGCCCUAAAGUUGGGUGAGCUGAAAGGUGAAAAAAUGGGUUUGCCAUGUGAAAAAGACACAGAUGACCAAUCAGCACAGAUUAACCAUGAGAGUAAAGGAGCGGCUCGGGAUUCAGGACAAACACCUAGCUCUAAGGUUCCCUCGGGUAUGGAUCAGGAAAACCCACUUAAUACAGAGGAAGCCCAAAAGAAGCAAGGACCGAAGGCAAAGACUCCCGCCAAAAGGAGAAGAAAGGAGAUCAUUCCACAGACUCCGCCACAACAUGACAAUUCAGCAGUCUCUGAUGCUACUGAACUCACUUCUAGUGGUCGGCCCAAGAGGAGAGCUGCUAAAGUUGCUUUAGAUUAUCUCCACAAGCUUGCCAAGGAUCUUGGUGCUCCAUCAGAAUCCUCAUUUAAAGAAAAGUCCAAGUCCGGUGAAGCGGAUGGCACUGACCAGAAAAAGAAAACUGCAAGGGGAAGGGGGACCAAAAGAAAAACUCCAGAUUAUGAAAGCGACUUGGAUAACGAUGAGGACUUUUCCCCAGGAAAAGACGAAGAGGCGGAGAGCGAAGAUGAAGAAGAUUCAGAGCCAGACUUCAGCUUGAACAUAGAGCGCAGAGCAUCCUGCAGGCCACCCAGAGGAAAUUAUCAAUGUCUUCUUCCAAACGGAUUGGCUAACAAUGUCAUGGAGCCUGUUUGGAACUGUUUUAGCAGGACCAAAAAAUUCCGGGAUGAAAACUUUUCCCCCUGGGUAUUUCCAGAGUGGAUUCCUUCUGCCAAAGAUUGGCAUUUCCUGUCGGAGAGUGAGGCUGAAAAAUAUUUACCUCAAGAGAAAGAAUCAGCUUCUUUUACCUUUACACGGGAAAGCAUCAAGGGACAGAUCAAACUGCAAACGGUGAAGAGGUUUGAAUCAUUGCCACAUCAUUCUGAGCGCUGGGAUGCUCUGUUCUUUGUGGGGGGUCCUGUUCGGUCCUUGGAGUGGUGCCCGUGUCCUGACGGGGCGGCAAAAAAACAGUAUGCCGCCAUCUACUGCCACAAGGGCAUGGAUGACGAACAUAAAAUCAAUAAGCUGCACACAGGUCCUGUCUUACUGCAGCUGUGGGACAUCGGAGACCUUCAGUGCAAAAGCAGGCCCUCAACUGCUCCUCAUCUAGCAUAUGCUUUGGCGAUAGAUGAUGGAUGCAUCUGGAAUAUAAGGUGGUGUCCUGCAGGCGUGUGGGAGCUGCCCUCUACCACCAGGAAGGCUCCACAGAUGCCUAGAUUAGGUGUUCUAGCAGCAGCUUUCUCUAAUGGAACCAUUGGUGUCUACAGUCUUCCACACCCAGAAGCCCUUGCAGCACAACAUCAGAGUAAAGGAGAAACCAGCCAAGCACCGUUGAUAUGCCGGGUGAAGAAGGUUCUGACUUUGAAGAUGGGCUCCAACCAGGCAGAUCAUAAAGGUCAAAGUGGUCUGUGUUUUGCUAUGGAUUGGCUCCAUGUCAAACCACAUAACCUCUUGGCUGCUGGCUUCUAUGAUGGUCUGGUUGGUUUAUGGGAUCUUGCUAGUAAGUCUACACUACUGAAAGUCAAGUCUCCAGACGGAGGUGUGUAUCUCUACCCUUACCACUGUUUCCAUGCUCAUGACGAAAACAUUCGGACCCUGUGCUGGUGCAAAGCCUCAAGUAACUUGUUGGUGACAGUCGGAGAUGACCGCAUGGCAAAAAUGUGGGAUGUGAGAAAAACCUACGUGCCUCUUUUGGCAGUAAAGCGCUGCUUGUCCCCUGAAGUGUACUGGCCCCUCUUUUGGAGCGGCAUCCUGAUGGCUCAAGAGUGUUGCUUUGCCACGUUUGGACAACAUGGGGUUCACUAUUUUGAUUCAGGUUACCUUGGAAUCAAGCCUUACUUUGUGUGUCCUAGAAAAUCCACUGUUUGGAGCCUUUCUAUGUCUGAUUGGAUAAAUACUUUUGCCGUUGUGGACAAUGGAGGAGAUUGUUUAUUUAGUUUUCUUCCUGAAAUGGACAUCGACCCCAACACUAUUAGACGACGGAGAUAUUCAGUGUACAGGACUGACAUGGUCGAGUUUCAGCCCGGUCAGGGGCCUGGAGAUAAGGAACAGAAGGAGGAGGAAGAAGUGGAAAAUUCUGCAAGUAAUCCUAGGAAGGAGCCACUGAGUUACAAAGGAGCUAUCAGAAAGUACUAUCUCCACUUUCAUGACUUGGACCUGGGGAACUUUGCUAAGAGUGAAAAUCGGGCCAUGAUGAAGCACCUGCACCAGCAUGAGGUCAAAGGCGUCGCUAAAGUGGACCAGAUGCCACUGAGUGCGCUCUACAAGAUCCGUUUUAACCCAAACAUGGAUGCAUACAACUGGAUCCUGACGGGCGGGCAGUCGGGUUUGGUGCGUGUGAACUGUGCACGUGGACUGAGCUGCUCCGUGAUGCUCAAGGAGUUGCGUGAAACUCAAGCCCAGUUCAGCGCCAUGUUCCAGUCUCAGGAGCCCGAUGACUCUGCAACAGCUGUCCGUCACAGCACAGCGGAUACAGUACAAGUGCACUAGUCUCCACCCCCUCAGCCUCUCAGCUCUAUCCUCAAAUGGACUGUGCUGUCAUAAUAGGCUGAGAGACUGUCAUUUUUAGAAGACUGAUGACACACACUUUUUAUCCUUAACUUAUAUUGAAAGAAGGAAAACUAUUUUGAUACAAGCCUCUGUAUAUUCCUGGUUUUAUAUUUUUGUGUGUUUUGUUUUAUUAGUAUUAUUGCUGUACAGAGAGGAAAACCUUUUUAACUUCUUUGCACCGUUGUGAAGCUCAGACAGAAAGUCUGUUUUUAGUUUAGUAUCUUUAUUUUGAUACAUUGUCCUUUCCAAGGAUUCCGACAUUGUUUCCUCCUGUUCCAGUUCUGUGCUAUAUAAUGAUAAAACAUAUCCAUCUUGACAUUUAGUGAGAAAACAUUCGAUUGGAUCUGUUCAUUUAGCUAUCAUAUCAGGAUCAGUUUUUUUCCCUUUAGCUUUAUCUUUCUUACCCUAAACCUUCAUUUUAAAGGAGCAGUAACACAAAAAUUAAACAUCAUCACCAUGUCGUUUCAAACCUGACUUUAUUUCUUCUGUGGAACAUAAAAAUGUAA